AUGGCCAUGAAUAUGCUAGAGGAUUUGCCUCCCUAUCCAAAAGAACUCAAUGGCCAAGAGCGGGAUUACCUACUUUUACAAGGAGACAUUCCUCAUAUCGAAGAUGAGAUUUCCCUUGACGACGAUGGUGACAUUCUAGAUAUUAUUCGCUUCGGAUUUCCAAGACACUAUUAUGAACGUACAGACUUUUUUAACGAGAUGGACAACCUAUCGUUUUUCAGGAGAUUUCGGCUCCAAAAAAAUACUGUCCUCAGAUUGGUAGAACAACUAAAGCAUCAACUCGAGUUUGAUAACAGCUUGUAUAAUAGUAUGUCGCCCAUUAAUCAGCUCCUUACAUGCCUACGAUUUUAUGCCUGCAAUGCAUAUUAA